AUGGCUGUUGAGCGUGCUGAGUUGGAUCUGGCUGCCGACGAUGCGGCGACCAAAGCCAGUGUAGAUACAAGAGAUGCCGAAACACCAGACGGACCUACAACUGAUACCCUGGAUGAAAGAUUCCAGACGUCUAAAUGGGAGAUUUGGGCAUAUUAUGCUUACUACGUCGGGAAUAACGGACUGACGCUCUUCAACUUUGCUCCUACCGCAUUUCAAAACCUGCUUUCUCAGGCUGCAGGACCUCAAGGAACACUGGUCUUUGCUGGCUCCAGACGAACAAUCAACAGCAUCGUACUGCUGAGUAACGGCAUAUCCUUCGCUAUCCAGGUGCUUGUCUUUCUCUGCAUCGGUAGCUUUGCUGAUUUCGGCACCUGGAGGCCAAAUAUACUCAUCGUGCUAUCCAUCAUCGCAUACGCAGUUGGCUUUGGAUGGAUUGACGUCCACACCUCUGAAAAAUGGCACAUUGCAUCUGGUCUUUACAUAGUAGGUCUAAUCGCCUACCAGACUUGCUUGACUUUUUGGACAGCGGCCUUUCCUGGCCUUGCGAGAAACACCUUGGAAAUUCGACAAAAGGCCGACGAAUACCGGGCUGGCCUUAUUACGAAAGAUGAGUUUGAUGAAGUCGACUCAAUGAAGCGAAGCCAGUUGUCGAAUGUAGCCUUUUAUGUCCAGUCUGUUGGGGAAGUGUUCAUACUUGCCAUCAUUGUCGGCAUUAUGUUUGCAUUGGACGUCAAUGCUAGUGAGGCCAAUAAUAACAAGGGCUUAAGUGUCCUUAUAGCAUUUGCAACGGCUGUUUGGCUGGUCUUGUCGAUACCGUGGUUCAUCCUGGAGAAGAGGCGGCCUGGACAGGACCUUGGUGGUAAGAAUAUCGUCCUGGCGGGUUUGCGGCAGCUGUAUUGUGCAGCAACGGAGAUAUGGUCUCUAAGGCAAAGCUUAUUCUAUCUUAUCGGAUAUUUCUUGCUUGGAGACUCCUUAAAUACCACAGUUACGGUGAUUGCAACUCUUCAGAACAGCAUCGUUGCAUAUAACACACUCCAGUUGACAUACCUUCUUAUUGUUGGCAUCGUUUCCCAAGCUAUCGGAAUCUAUGCCUUCUGGGCAAUACAGCAACGUUUCAAGCUACAACCCAAGACGAUGUUCAAUGUUAUUGCCAUCGCCAUCAUUCUCCUUGAUGGCUGGGGGAUGAUUGGCAUCUGGACCACUCGCUUUGGAUUCCACAACACCUGGGAAGUCUGGGCCUAUCAGGCGUUUUACGGUCUCUUUGUCUGUCCAUGGUACAGCUACAGCCAGAUCAUGAUAUCGGAAGUGACUCCCCGGGGUAAGGAGUUCCUCUUUUUUAGUCUGUUCAGCAUCAUUGGAAAGACAUCUUCUUUCAUCGGCCCACUGGUUUCCAGCGCCAUCAUAGAUGCGUCGCCAUCAGGGAACAAUUCGACUCCAUUCUAUUUCCUGUUUGCUCUUAGCCUGGCGAGCUUUGUAUUCCUUUUCUUCUUCGUGGAUGUGCCAACUAGUCGGAAGGAACAGGAGCUCUUUUUGGCCAGGGAGAAAGCGAGACUUGCAGGGAGCGAAGAGCCUUUGACCGGCUAA